AAAAUGCACGGACACUUACCUCUCCCACUCCUUCCCCGUCUUCUACAGCAAGCUGUGCAAAGCCCUCCCCCCUCUCUAUCUCCUAAGCCUCCUCUCAGUUUCUCUCUCUAGAAUCUAGAGAGAGAAAUAUCGAUUAAACGACAUCAAGAAAUGGGAGAAAUAUCACUGAACGAAUUAGAAGCGAGAGCCGAUGCCGCUGGUAUCGAUCUCUCGCAAAUUGACCUCGAUUCAAUCCAACUUCCUCCUGGCGAUGAUUUUGGCAUUAUUAGUGAUGAUGAAGAUGUCUAUCAAGAAGAACAGAUGGAUUUUGACUAUGGGUUAGGGAACACUAUUGUAGUCGAUAAUCUUCCAGUUGUUCCAAAGGAAAAGUUUGAUAAGCUUGAAGGAGUUGUCCGUAAGAUCUAUAGUCAGAUUGGUGUUAUUAAGGAGGAUGGCCUUUGGAUGCCUGUUGAUCCUGACACUCAUAAAACUUUGGGAUACUGUUUCAUCGAAUACAACACUCCACAGGAAGCUGAGCUAGCUAAGGAGAAGACAAAUGGGUACAAGCUUGACAGAGCCCAUAUUUUUGCUGUCAACAUGAUUGAAGAUUUCAACAGAUUUAUGAAAGUUCCUGAUGAAUGGGCACCUCCAGAGAUAAGGCCAUAUGUUCCUGGGGAGAAUCUUCAAAACUGGCUCACUGAUGAAAAGGCUCGAGAUCAGUUUGUGAUUCGUGCUGGCUCAGAUACCGAGGUGUUCUGGAAUGAUGCAAGACAUUUGAAGCCUGACCCUGUUUACAAGCGUGCUUAUUGGACCGAGAGUUAUGUGCAGUGGUCCCCCCUUGGGACAUACCUGGCAACAGUUCAUAGGCAGGGUGCUGCAGUUUGGGGUGGUGCGAGUACCUUUAAUCGGCUAAUGCGUUAUGCUCAUCCUCAGGUUAAACUCAUUGAUUUUUCCCCUGGUGAGAAAUAUUUGGUAACCUACAGCAGCCAUGAACCAAGCAAUCCUCGUGAUGCUAAUAGGGUUGUGAUAAAUAUUUUUGAUGUGAGAACUGGCAAAGCAAUGAGAGAUUUUAAGGGCAGUGCUGAUGAAUUUGCUAUUGGAGGAACUGGUGGCGUUGCAGGAGUGUCUUGGCCUGUUUUCAAGUGGGGUGGUGGGAAGGAUGACAAAUAUUUUGCCAAAAUUGGGAAGAACAUGAUUUCUGUGUAUGAAACUGAGUCAUUCAGCCUUGUAGACAAAAAAUCCUUGAAGGCUGAAAGUGUGGUGGACUUUAGUUGGUCACCAACAGAUCCAAUUCUUGCUCUCUUUGUUCCUGAACUUGGUGGCGGGAAUCAACCUGCCAGGGUGAGCCUCAUUCAAAUUCCAAGUAAAGAGGAAUUGCGACAAAAGAACCUUUUCAGUGUCAGUGACUGUAAGCUGUAUUGGCAGAGUAAUGGGGACUACCUUGCUGUGAAGGUGGAUAGGUAUACAAAGACUAAGAAAAGCACAUAUACAGGAUUUGAGCUUUUCCGUAUAAAAGAGCGGGACAUACCAAUUGAGGUAUUGGAACUAGACAACAAGAACGACAAGAUUAUUGCCUUUGCUUGGGAGCCAAAGGGCCAUAGAUUUGCUGUCAUUCAUGGUGACAGCCCCAGGCCUGAUGUAAGCUUUUACUCAAUGAGGAGUGCUCAUAAUACUGGUCGGGUUUCAAAGCUCACUACUCUAAAGGGCAAACAAGCAAAUGCUCUUUUCUGGUCACCGUCUGGUCGUUACAUAAUACUUGCAGGACUUAAAGGUUUCAAUGGUCAGUUGGAAUUCUACAAUGUUGAUGAGCUUGAGACAAUGGCAACAGCUGAGCAUUUUACGGCAACAGAUAUUGAAUGGGAUCCCACUGGAAGGUAUGUUGCAACUUCAGUGACUUCAGUUCAUCAUGAAAUGGAAAAUGGCUUCAACAUUUGGUCUUUCAAUGGAAAGCUACUUUAUCGGAUACUGAAGGAUCAUUUCUUCCAGUUCUUGUGGCGCCCAAGGCCAGCAUCCUUCUUGAGUCCAGAAAAGGAGGAAGAGAUUGCUAAGAAUUUGAAGAAGUAUAGCAAGAAGUAUGAGGCAGAGGACCAGGAUGUGUCUUUGUUAUUGAGUGAGCAGGACCGUGAGAAGAGGAGGAUGUUGAAGGAUGAAUGGGAGAAGUGGGUGAGUGAAUGGAAGAGGUUGCAUGAAGAGGAAAAAUUGCUGAGGCAGAUGUUAAGGGAUGGAGAAGCUAGUGAUGAAGAGGAAGAGUAUGAGGCAAAAGAAGUUGAAGUUGAAGAAUUGUUAGAUGUUUCCGAGGAAGUUCUUUUUGAAUUCGGACAGGAGUAAGCGCUAGUGAUAUAUUCAGAGGCUGUUUUCUACUUCACGCAACCUUUGCUGAUACAAAAAAAAAAAAAAAAGGCUUGGCUUCCAGGUCAACAUUUAAGUUAAGUUUUUUAUUUUUUAUUAUUUUUUUAAUUUUCUGGUAGAGAGUUAUUGUUUGGUGUUUUUUCUUGGAUUUUGUUAGUCCUGGUAAGGGCAUCACUUAAUUUUUUUUUAAAAUGCUUCUUAUUAUGGAA